ACACAUCGGACGGCUUGCCGGUCACCUCUCUUUAUGGCCAACGUUCGCCUUCUCGGUUUCUCCUACACUUAUGCCAUAACCGAAAGAGAUGAUCCAACAGCCGAUAUGCCCAAAGAAGUGGAAGACUCAAUGCAGCAAGUGAAGCUUGGAGCGACAGGAGCUUAUAUGCCAACACCAGUUCCACCUGAAGAUCGCUCAAACGACCCGCAGUCUGAUGCCAUGGCCGACACUCCUGCAUCCACCAGUUCGGCCGCCAUUCCCCUCCGUGAAAUCGAAAGAGUUCUGCCGAUAUAUCUCAGAGUUUAUUACAAAGAAGACGAUAAGACAAAAAGGUCCAUUAUCGAGUAUGAGGUAAAGAACACGGAAACGUUAAUUGAAAUGUUGUCAGUGAUGCUACGAAAACUAAAAUAUUUGAAAGGAAAACCUGAAGCUAAAGGGCGUAUGUACUUUGCGCAGCGUAAAUUUCGAAACCCAGCCGAGUUGGACUUCAAGCGCCAUGCAUCUACAGUGAUUGAGGAUCUUUCACAAAUGGAGAAGAGUUUGUUUUUUGUGUUUGAUAUGGCUGGAAGACUUGAUGCGGAAGAGCCUCCCGAAGAGAAUGUUGCUUGUUGGACUGUACCACUGAGGAAGUAACGCACGGAUACGCUUUCCAUGUCUAUACGCUAAAUCAAUUAUGUACAUACAAAUAAAGCUUUUAAGAGC